AUAAGGCUCUUGAUUUCUCAAGGCAUGGUGAAUUGCAGUUGCUUGCAUUCUCCGGGACUGGAUCUGAGUAAACUAGAUUUGUUUCUGCCCAGUAUCUCUGUUGUGUUGUGUGGAGGAGUUGUCUCGCCUUGCAAAACGGUUCCCCUGCCCCCAGAUUCCCGUGUGUGGAUUGUUAUGAGUUUAGGCUCUUUGGAUCACCUAAACGAGGAUAGGAUUGCUAUGCUAAUUCUCCAGGACUGGUCUGCAGGAAUCAGUAUUAAUCUCCAGCCUUUUUGAAGUGACAUUUUCAGCUGAAGACUCUGUUGACCUGGCCCAACUUGCCCUGCCAACAUGGCUGAUUGGGAACUUUGCCAGUGGCAAAGUCUAGCUAGAGUGGAUUGCCAAGACCUGAACAGUCAACUCAAACCAACUCGGGAGCAAUGGAAAGCUGCAAGUUCAGUCAGGAGCCGUCCUUUGGCUGGGAAAUCUUUCUACUUGGACCUCCCUCCCAGUAACAAGAAUUUGAGGUUUCUGGCAGAGAGUGUGAAACAACUUGGUGGGGUUGUUGAAAGUUUUCUGAGUAAAGAAGUGACCUAUGUUGUCUCCAGUAGCCAAGAGGCCAAACAGAAAAAGUGGGCAGAGAAGCAAAACAGUGCUGUAUCGAGGGAUACCCAGGUUGGAACAUGGCCCUCUGCAGGACCUGGAAGUGGUUGCAGAGGUCCCGAACGCAGAUCAACAGAUACUGUCCUGAUAAGUCGUGGGAAGGAGUUCUUGCGAAAAGCUAUUGGGAGUCAGGGUAGCACCUGUGGCAACAGCAUCCUUGCUAAUGCACGAUCGUGGGGGGUACAGAUUAUGCACACAGAUGACAUGCUGUCCUGCAUACGACGGUUGGAGUCCAAGAAGCAUUUUUCCAAGGUGAAGUUGCUUGCUUCUGGGUUACAGUCUCUAAAAGUGGUAAGGCUAAAACCACCGUUCCUGAAAAUUGAAGAUGAGAGUCGGCAACACCGUCCCUUCCUUCAACAGUUUGAGAGCUUUCCAGAACUCUGUUUCCGGUCACAGAGAAGGCACAGCCCAUUCGAAGCCCCGCAAGCCGCCGCCUCCAGCAAAAAGUGGAGAGCAUCUAAAGGCCAACAGUCCCCCAGUGAACUGAGCCCUCACUCUCUCUGCUGCGUCAGGCCCAAAACGCAGAAAGGCUACUGUGAAUGUUGUAAAGAAGCCUUCAUCGACUUGCACACGCACCUUCAAGACUCGCAGCAUAAGGAAUUUGCGCUGGAUCCGUCCCACUAUGCUCUUGUGGAUCACAUCAUCUCCCAGCUGACCAAUGAUUUUGAAGUAUUCUCCUGCUCUUCGCCACAGAGGGCAUCUCUGGAUACUUACGAUGGUGACCCUUUUGGAUUUCAAGUGGCGGAUGCUGAGGGAGCAACAGUCUCUCCCUCCGGUCAAGCAGAGGAGUGCUGUGUGUUUGCUGAGGUAGAGCAGCCUGUCAGCCCGGAGGGUUUAACCCACUUGCUCGAGGACCAAGGCCAGCUCACAAAGCCCCCUCUGAAGAUGCUGAAGCCCCCUAUGCCACUUGUGUUGCACUCCCUGGAGUUGCCCUCUGACCAGACAACCGCUAAUGACAACCGCGAGCCCGACAAAGGAGGAAGAGAGGCUGCAAAUGCUAGCCCAGAGGCCAUGGCAUCCACUGGAGAGGAACAUGGUGCUGCCACCCAGCAGAAGAGGCUCUUAGCACAGCCCUCUGUGCUGCCUCGCAAGCGCAAGCUCUCUGCUUCAUAUGGGCAGGCCAAAAGGAGGAAAAUAUUACUUGAAGAGCCCCCAGAUGAGAGGCUGGUAGACAAGAACUUGCUCCCUGGUGGCCAGGAUGUUGGCACAGCAGCAGGAUGCCCUUUUCCUCCUCUAAGUGAUAAGCAGACAGUUCCUGGACAUCUUGGCCUGCCCACAGUUCCAUUCUGCACCCCCAGCCCUCCAUGUGCCUUCCCACAACUACCUGAGGAGGGCCUUCCCUGUCGCCCUUCUAAGCUUGUUGCUGUAGGCAUUAGUAGUUCCCAAAUCCCAGUGCAGCAUCUAGACCAGAGUGAAGUGUUUGCUGUAUGCCCCUGUGAAAAACAGGACACACAUUCUCCUUGCAACUUCCUUAGUCCUAAUACUGAGUUGAGAGAAAUGUCUGGCUUACCUGUGGACAAGCACCUAACCCCCAAGUUGCCAGGCUCUAUGGACCAGCGGUGCUCCCCUUGCAUGAACAUCUCCGAGCUCACACAAGAUGUGUUGCUACAGCAACCAGGCCUAGGCCCAAGCCCUGGCCUGCCUCGCCCUCGCUGUCCUAGAACCAAUCCUCCUACUGAAGCAAAGAGCUCUUCCUCAGAAUCGGAAUGGGAUGGGCCACUUCUGUGUGUGCUGGCAGAUGCCUCCCGUCUCCAGUUCCAGUGUCCAGUUGAUGCUGCCCUGCUAGGGGCCAGUGUCAGCAUGCAAGACAGUAGCUAUGACUCCCACCUCUGCUCUGUGCUCUGGCAAACGCCAGAGCCCAACUGGGCCCACAAGGAGAACCCAGAUUGCUGGAACAGCCGCACAGAGAUGGAGAGGCCUCCCUUUUCUGCAGUUGGGGCCUGCCUGGAAAAUUGGGCAAGCUAGACUCUUCUCUAAACUUCCCUCAGCCUGCCAGCCUCCACCACCACUGUUUCACUUUGCUUUGCUCUCUGAUGGAUCUCCUCUUGGCAGAAGCAGCGAGAAGAGUCUUGUGUUGUAGAAAGAAGCACUUGCUGCACUAACACUUCCAAUAUCCUUCCCCCACCUGCUUCUUCCUCCAGGAAGUGGGGGAAUGGUCAGACGAGCAUAGAGCUCUUGGGCAGCAAUAAAGAAAUGGCCAGGUGGGCUCUUUGAACUGCCUUUGAACUUUUGUUACUUUGCAAUCCCGGAUAAAGGAGAGUGUUUGUCUAUAGCAGCUCCUCUCACAUCUACAUUCUGCACCUUGUAACAGAGGGGGUAGAAGAUCUGCCAGUGAAUGACUUGGAUUUUUCUCCCAAUAUACUCCUGAUCUUUCUGUAAGCACUUAUUUCUCCAUAUGAACCUGGUGUGUGUUUUGUGAGUUUUUUGUUUUUAGUAGCAUUUUACUACCCCCUUUUUGAAAAUAAAUUUAUUUCUGAA